CGUCAGGCCAGUCGUGAGUCGUCGUCAGUCGGGUAAUGCGCUCUGAUACGGGAGCUCGUGCCGCUAUUGUAAUCGUGUGUGUUGUGUAAAUAAAACUUGUGUGAUUCUUGCAAACGUCCCGUUUUGCAAUGCGGUGUGCGGUGCUGGUGUGUCUUGCGGCUUGGUCGUGCUGGGGCAGUGUCACCGCAGCCCCUGCGUCUUGCCUCGAACACUUCUUCGUCAAACACAACGUAACAGCUGAUGACAGCCAACAGCCAGGUCCCAUAUGUGGAGGACAGUGCUGCGGUCGAGGGAGAGAGACCCACUUAACAUCAACUCUCAGACAUAAUGCCGAAGACAAAAUAGCAGCUGCCACCAGGCCUAUUGCUGAGCUUUUGCUGGCUACCAGGAGGACAUUGCAAGAGCACCUAACUGCCCUGUCGCACCAGUCACAGAACAAGACAGCAGCACUCUUCUCCCAACUCUACAGAGGCCAUGCCACGAGGGCUCACGCUCCCUUAUCGACUCUAUACGAUGACAUAAGGACAUUACUUCGAUCCAAUCUAGAGACUGAAGAUGCCGUUGACUUGGGCUCCCCACCGCCCAAAGAGAUGGCGCAGAGUACGAAGAAAUUCUUCAGAGAAGUAUUUCCCGUCGCGUAUCAAAACGUACUAAGGCUAGACUCGAAGCAAUUCACGACCGCCUAUGAGGCGUGUCUAAAGGACGCAUAUGAUGCUGUCCAGCCUUUUGGAGACGUCCCCGAACAGUUGGGGUCAUCACUAGCCAAGUCUUUGGAGGCUGCGCGUGCUCUCUUACAAGUGCUGGGUGUCGGUGCUGGUGCUCUGGCCGGUGCAGAAGGGGCAGUGAAGGGCGCCGCCCACAGUCAUUACGGUCGGUUGCUGUUGAAGAUGGGCGGCUGCUCGCGAUGUCAAGGCCAUGACGUCAGCCCUUGCAAGAAUUACUGUCUCAAUGUCGCUAGAGGAUGUAUUGGGUCGAUAAUAUCAGAGCUGGAUGCACCAUGGGCUGGUUACGUGGAAGGCGUGGAACGGCUGUCGAGGGCAGAUGCAGACGCCGCCCUCAGGGCGCUGGAUGCCAGGGUGUCUGAAGCCAUCAUGCACGCAUUGGAGAACCAUGUCAUAUUGGAAAAGAAGGUGCGUCAGGAAUGCGGUCCACCAUCUACCCUUGAGAGCCCGAACCCGCCUUCUCCCUCCCCGACGGGAGCAUCUAGAAGGGACGCGUUGCGGGCUCCACCACCAGAUACGGAACUGCUCCAGUUUGCAGCAACGCUUGCCGCUACGAAGAAGCUGUUCGCCAGUAUGGCUGACAGACUCUGCGAUGACCCAGACUUUGCCACUGAUGGAAAUGAGAAUUGCUGGAACGGGGAGACUGUUGGAGAGUACACCAAAGCUUUAGUGGCAUCUGCUUCCAUGAGUGAUCAGAAAUACAAUCCCGAAAUGACGGAGACUGCUUCCAACCCUGAAGUGGCAAUUCUUGGCGAGAGAUUACGUCAGGCAAGACAGUUACUUGUAUCGCACUCUUCGAGCGGAAAUCUCCCAGCAGCCGAGGCUUUCAUGCAAGGCGAUGAAGCUGGAGACGAAGGUUCAGGCUCUGGUCGUCUCUACACUGAUGAUGACGCCGCAUAUGAUGCUGAGGGUUCUGGAGAGGAAGGAUCUGGGACUCCUGAUAUUGCAGUGAGUCGGACGAUUGCCGGAGAAGAAACCACAUACUCAGCGCCUCCAAAGAUCAGUGCAGCCUCCACCAGAUCUAUCUGCGGGUUUAUGGUUGCUAUACUCGUGUCUACAGUCGUCAGCGUAUAAGCCAAAGUGCGAUCAUCUCGAGUGCCGUCUUGAGAUCCCAGUGAAUCAUAUCAUAUGUAAGCAAUAUUGGAGUGUGCAAUGGACUGAAUGCGUGUUCGCUAUGAUGUCGAAUGUUUUCUUCGAUCGAAAGUAUUAGAACAAUAUUAGUAUUGUGUUUCGUAGUACUUGAAAAUUGUUAAUUUAUUGAGCGUACGUGGACUGAGAGAAUCAUUUUGUGUAAGUACAAUAUAUAAUAUAUAUAAUACUUUUGUAAGUACAAUACGAUUUCGAGUGCUUUUAACACCACACCAAUUUAUUGCAGUGCACCGUGUAAAUAACACGGCACAGAAUCAAAUCAAAGAAUAUUUAUUUAUUACGUAAAACACUGAAUAUAAAAAUCAUUAGCUUAUAGGUAACAUUAACUAUAUAUUUUUGGAUUACUCAAAUAUAUUACUUGUUACUUUUCUAGUUACAUUCACUUUAAACAUGAUAAAUAAAACUAUCAAUUACCUCUUUACAAUUUUCGAGAAAAGAAAAUUAACUCCAAAUUCCGCGUCAGUCAAUGAUUUGUUUUAGAGUUAUUGUAUAUAACACACAUUUAAUCGUAAAUGUAUUUUAUUAACAUAGCUUUUACACAUUUAAAGAAAACUUUUUUUUAACCGGAUUGAAGCUAUGUA